UCCAGCCCGAUCAUCACUACAGUGGGAAAACCAUGGAAGAGCCUGCGAUCGGGUCAUCCGACUAUACAUGGGAAAGUAAAGAAAUGAUACAAGAAUUUCAGCUAGAGAGCCUCAAUACCGCACUUCCCACCGCUGCCAUAUUUACGGCAGAUUUGUCCUUAGAUUCUAGUAAACACUCGGGACCUUCAUUUGAUACCUCAGAUAGCAUUCUUAAAAGUGAUGACUUAUUUACACCCCCCGAGCCUGACGAAUGUGUCAUCGAGAACCCGACCUGCAUAUCCUCUUUUCCAUCAGAUUUGCCUAUGGAUUCCCUUCCACACUGGAGAUUGCCACCAGAUGGCGCAGACGAUAUUCCUAGGAAUACUAAAUCGCUGGUACAUCCAGAAUCCGAGGAUUGUGUCCUUCAGAAUCCAAACUUUAUUUCAGAGAGCUCACCUUAUACCAACAAGAAGCCCUUCCCGUGUCCUGAGUGUGAUCGAUGCUUCAAGACAAAGAAAAGCCUUGCCGUACAUCUAAAAACCCACACAGGGGAGAGGCCGCUGACCUGCUCCGAAUGUGGGAAAAGCUUCAUCCACAGGCGGAGUCUCCUGGAUCACCGAAGAAUCCACACCGGGGAGAAGCCGUUCCCUUGUUCUGAGUGCGGAAAGCGCUUCAGACAUAAAGCCUGUGUUUUAAGACACCAGAGAAUCCACACGGGGGAGAAGCCAUACGGGUGUUCGGAGUGCGGGAAAUUUUUUGCGGAUAAAACGUCUCUUAAUCGUCAUCAACGAGUACAUAUUAGAGAGAAGCCAUUUCCAUGUCCUGAUUGCCACGCGUUUUUUGCGCGGAAGGAAUAUCUCGCCGACCAUAGGAAGAUUCACACCAGUGAAAGACCAUUUUCAUGUUCUUACUGUGAGAAGAGUUUCACCCAAAAAUCUACUCUUACCCAGCACCAGCACAUUUGCUCUACAAGGAAAUCGUCCCGUAAAAAUGUAAAAAACAAAAAAAAUAGGGUGGUAAUAAAUCAUUCAAAACAUUUUAUAAAUGAAAAUGAACCCCUUAAGGACGCAGCCAGUUUUGGCGGGCUUUAGGACAAGGCGAUUUUUAUAUUUUUAUUUUUUUCAUCUCCAUAUUUUAAAAGCCUUAAUUUAUUUUUCCAUUGACAUACUGUAGCUGUACUACAGCUUUUCUUGUGGGAUUAAUUUUAUUUUGAUUGGCAACAUUUUGAGGGACAUGUAAUGUAUAAUCUUCAUUAAUUGUCUUUUGGGAGGGGUCAGCGAUUCCGUCAUUGUGUUUUGCUAACUUUAGCUUUAGAGAAGGAAAAUAAGAAAAAAAUAUCAACCCACAAUUUUAUCAGGCCUCAGAUCAGACAUGAAAAUAAAUAAAACGACUUACCUCUUCUGCUCUAGAUGGCGCGCUCUUCCUGCACACACCGCUCCCUGGCCUUCUGCCAGCCACUCGCUGCCAACUACGUGCACUACAUUCUGAUGCUAUACACAGUCAGCACAACACAACGCCUGGAGAAAACUAGGGAGUGGUGGCUACGACCAGCACUAGCAGCGCUACACUCACCACCUCGCUCUUACCCCCCUGCAC